AUGUAUGUUCAACGGGAGGUGUUUGGUGAUGAAGUGAAGGCUUCAUCAAGGGAAUUGUCAGUUGGCAAGAGUAGUCCAAUAUAUAAGCUUGAUCCCUUUCUUGAUUCUGAGGAUGGCUUAUUGAAGGUUGGAGGUAGAAUAAGAAGGUCUGACAUUCCACAGUCUGCCAAACAUCCCAUACUGUUACCAAAGAAGCAUCAUGUGACUACAUUGUUGAUACGACAUGAGCAUGAAUUAUUAGCUCAUUCAGGUAGAAACCAUGUUCUCUCAAAUCUAAGGCAGAUGUAUUGGAUCAUCAAUGCUAAUGCAACUGUCAGGAAUGUGUUAUUUCAUUGUGUUACUUGCAGGAAGUUGAAAGAACCAGCUUUGAGUCAAAAGAUGGCUGAUCUUCCAGCAGACAGAUUGGAACCUUCACCACCAUUCAGUAAUGUUGGUAUUGACCUCUUUGGACCCUAUUACAUCAAGGAAGGAAGAAAGGAGUUAAAGAGGUAUGGUGUGAUAUUUACCUGCUUGGUUAGUAGGUCAAUUCAUAUUGAAACUGCAAACACUUUACAAUCUGACUCUUUCAUAAAUACUUUGCGAAGAUUUGUUUCUCGAAGAGGUCAUCCCAAGGUUAUCAGAUGUGAUAAUGGAACCAACUUCCAUGGGGCUGAGAGAGAACUUAAGGCAGCUCUUGAUGAGGUGGAGGAAAAGAAGAUUGAGAAGUAUUUGUCGCAUCAUCAUGUUGAAUGGAAAUUCAAUCCACCUGCAGCAAGCCACAUGGGUGGUUGUUGGGAGCGCCAAAUCAGAACAGUUAGAAAGGAGUUGUCUGCACUGGUGAAGGAAUUUGGUGAAAGGCUAAAUGAUGAAAGUUUACGGACUCUGCUUUGUGAGGUUGAGAGCAUCGUCAAUUCAAGACCGUUAACCACUGUAAGUGACAGCGUAGAUGACCUUGAGCCACUAACUCCAAACCAUUUUUUGAUUCCAAAAUCUUAUGUGAUCCCUCCCCCUGGCUUGUUUCAAAAGGAUGAUGUUUACAUGAGGAGAAGGUGGAGAUGCGUUCAAUAUCUGACCAACCUGUUUUGGUCAAGAUUUAGAAAGGAGUCUUUGAGCACUUUACAGACUAGACAAAAGUGGAAUGAACCAAGAAGAAAUCUAAUUGUUGGUGAUGUGGUCUUGGUAAAGAGUGACAUUGAGCCAAGGAAUCAGUGGCCAAUGGGGCGAGUGAUAGAAGUAUACCCAGAUGACAAAGGAACAAUUCGCAGUGCCAAGAUUAAGACACUUUCUUCGGUUAUUGUCCGUCCUAUUCAGAAGCUAGUGUUAUUAGUUGAAGGCUAG